UUAAAAUGCCUGAGCCAGCCAAGUCCGCUCCUGCUCCGAAGAAGGGCUCCAAGAAGGCGGUGACCAAAGCCCAGAAGAAAGAUGGGAAGAAGCGCAAGCGCAGCCGGAAGGAGAGCUACUCUGUGUAUGUGUACAAGGUGCUGAAGCAGGUCCACCCGGACACCGGCAUCUCGUCCAAGGCCAUGGGCAUCAUGAACUCCUUCGUCAACGACAUCUUCGAGCGUAUUGCGGGCGAGGCAUCGCGCCUUGCGCAUUACAACAAGCGCUCGACCAUCACAUCCAGGGAGAUCCAGACGGCCGUGCGCCUGCUGUUGCCCGGGGAGUUGGCCAAACAUGCCGUGUCCGAGGGUACCAAGGCCGUCACCAAGUAUACCAGCUCCAAGUAAACUUGCCAAGUGGUGCAGUGCCUGCCAAUGUGGGAGUCACAUGAGACAUGGAUUUGAGUCAUGAAUUGGGAAGAUCUCUUGAAGGAGGAAAUGGUAACUCAAGUAUUCCUGCCUGGAAAAUUCCAUGGACAGAGGAG